UGCUCGGAACCGCGGCGGAGCGCCGCGCAGCGAUCAAGGGGGAAACGAAAGGGAUGAUUCCUCAGGGCUAAAUUCGUUAGAUAUUAGUAUUACAUCAUUUGCUAUGAUCGGAUAUGUUUGCACUUUCAUGCUUGAUUUUGCAGGUGUGGGUGAAGCUGAUGGCUCGAAUUGCAAAGCCGCCCCUGCUUGCACGCGAUGUGCUCGGUGAAAUGCCCCUGGGACGCACAGCCAGAAGUUAUCUUCGGUCAUUUGCGCAUUGCAAGUUGUACUACAAAAGGAACUGCUUCAGUAGCAGCUUUUCAGCAGCUUCACGAUCGUUUUCUGGAUGUGGGCAAUCGGCUCAACCAUAGGUGCUCCAUGCCGUGAAAGGAUAUGUAAAAUUUCUAUAAAAUGGAUCAGGAACUCUUCUGACAUUGAAUACUUGCACAUCAUCGAAUGUGGUUAAUGUGAUGAUCCAUGUGCUGAUGGGAUGUUCAAGUAGCUGGUUUGUGUCCCUCACCUUGUCUGUCAACACUGUAGAGUUUCUUCACCAUAUCAAUUUUGAGGUAUUUCAGAUUAUUUUUCUUUGGGUUGUGUCAUACUUAGUGGAGACAGUGGGGAUAUCCAGGCAGGGAAUCUGAAGAGCAUGUAACUUCUACUCACUCGCAUAAAAAAAUCAGUACCUAAUCUUUUACUGCCUGCUUAUCUGAUGAGAUUUGGACUCAGUAAACUCCUCUAAAAUAUUAUACAAAGUAAACCAUUUCAAUUAUUCAGCUCAGUAGGCAAAACAAUGAGGCUGGCUUUAGCAAAAGGGGUUGACCAGGAAUGCUGUCAAAGAGCAGAAUGUCCGUUUCAGCAUUGCUUGCUUGCAAAUUAUGUGUUUACAUGGGUGAGCAGGAGCAGCAGAAGGCAGGUGGUGGUGGUGGUGGUGAUCAGAACCCCAGCCACUGCAUUGUGCUGGAUGGGCCCAUCAUCGUCGGCGCCGGCCCGUCGGGGCUCGCCGUGGCGGCGACGCUCCGGCAGCACUCGGUGCCGUUCACCAUCCUGGAGCGCUCCGGCGGCGUCGCCGACCUGUGGACGAACCGCACCUACGACCGCCUCCGCCUCCACCUCCCCAAGAUGUUCUGCGAGCUCCCCCACGUCGGCUUCCCGCCGGACUUCCCCACCUACCCGACCAAGCACGACUUCCUCGGCUACCUCCACUCCUACGCCGCCCGCUUCGCCAUCGCCCCGCUGCUCCGCCGCACCGUCACGCGCGCCUGGUACGAUGAGCCGGUGUCGCUGUGGCGCGUGACAACAACAACUACGACGACGACGACGUCAGCGGCGGCGUCGGAGUCGGCAGCGUCCGUCACCGAGUACGCGUCGCCGUGGCUGGUGGUGGCGAGCGGGGAGAACGCGGAGGUGGUGGUGCCCAAGGUGAAGGGGAGGGAGAGGUUCGCCGGGGAGGCGCUGCACUCGAGCGAGUACCGGAGCGGGGAGAGGUUCAGGGGCAUGAGGGUGCUGGUCGUCGGCUGUGGCAACUCCGGCAUGGAGAUGUGCUUGGACCUCUGCGAGCAUGGCGCAAUGCCUUUCAUGUCAGUCAGAAGUGGUGUGCAUGUUCUACCGAGGGAGAUGUUUGGGGCCUCGACAUUUGGUAUAGCCAUGAAGCUACUGAGAUGGCUGCCCAUCAAGAUUGUGGAUAGGUUUCUACUCCUUGUUGCAAGGAUGGUUCUGGGAGACACCGAGAAGUAUGGUCUCAAGAGGCCCAAACUGGGCCCUUUGGAGAUCAAGAACGUCACCGGCAAGAGCCCUGUUCUCGACGUGGGAGCAUGGUCCUUGAUCAAAUCAGGAAACAUCAAGAUAGUACCGGAGGUGGAGUCAUUCAGCGGCAGCGGGGCGAGGUUCGUGGACGGCAGCGAGAUGGCGUUCGAUGCCGUCAUCUUCGCCACCGGCUACAGAAGCAAUGUCCCCUCCUGGCUCAAGGAGGACGGCGAGUUGUUCACGGAGGACGGCAAGGCGAGGAGGGCACGGUGCCCUAGCAGCAGCGGCAGCGAUGACUGGAGCUCAUGGAGGGGCCCAAGGGGGCUCUACCGCGUGGGAUUCUCCGGGCGGGGCCUGCUCGGCGCUGGAGCAGACGCGCUGGGAGCUGCCGCCGACAUCGCCGGGAGGUGGCAGGAGGCGCAGCAGGCUACAGGCGCCAACAUCUCCUCGGUGUAGCGCACAGGACGGACGCCGCUGCCAUGCCAUGCCUAAUGCAUUUUGAAACCAUGGCCGGCGUCCGUUUUGCGUUUUGCAAUGUUGCACGUACGCCCCAGCCUCAGCUCAUGUGUGUGUACUACCUUAGCUAGAUUGUGCGAUCGAUGCAACCCCGGCUUGUGACCGGCCGGCUGAUGGCGCCGCUGUUCGUGAGCAGAUGCACAGGUGUGUGUGCAUGCAUGGGAGGAGGAGGGGUACGCUGUGUGUGUGUGUGUGUGUGUGUGCAGUGCAGAUGGGUGUUGCGACAAAGUUUUGCAUAGGAUGUUGCUUGUCUGAAUGCGCCCCAUGCAUGCAAAUGCGACGCAGAUACGGCUGAAAGAGUGCAGGCGUUUUUCUUCUUUUUUUUUUUUUGUUCUGUUCGUCCAGGGGCGCAGGCCGUGCUGAUGUCUGCAUUACGUACGUACCAAUUCCAA